UUCAUUUGGUUCUCUCAGCUCUCAACAGAACAGAACACCCAGAUUGACUCAGACUUAGUCUUCACAAUCCAUUAUGGUUCACUUUUUCAUCUUGGUUUUACACAUUACUGUAUAUGCCCUGCUGUUACCUAAUCAGGCUCUAUCAGAUACACAGCCUAUGUGUUCUGUGAUACAAGGGCUUCCUGGUCUUAAUGGCAGAGAUGGGAGAGAUGGAUCAAAUGGACAGAAAGGAGACCCAGGUUCACCUGGACAGACGGGGGCUAGAGGGGAGAAAGGGAGUAUUGGAACACCUGGGAAAGCUGGACCUGUUGGGCCUAAAGGGAAUCAAGGUGAAAAAGGAUUUAUUGGAGAAAAUGGAGGAAAAGGAGAGAAAGGAGAUCAAGAUGUCGCAGGGUUCCAAAAAAUUGCUGCUUUGGAAAAUAAAAUGACACUUCUAGAAAACCGUCUCUCGAUGCUAAAAAAUAUUGUCUUAUUCCAAAUGUCAGAAGUAAACAACGGGCAAAAAAUGUACCUAAUAAGUUCAAAACAAGCUAACUAUCAUACAGCAAAAGCUAUUUGUGAGAAAUAUGGGGGUACUUUGCCUGUGCCACUAAGCAGUGAAGAAAGUUCUGCCAUAUAUGAAGUUGCAAAAGUGGUAAAAGCAAAGACAUCUCAUAGGCUUUUCCUAGGGAUUAAUGACAUAAAGCAAGAAGGAGUUUUUAUGUAUCCUGAUGGGAAGCCAAUAACCUAUAAGAAUUGGUACCAACAUGAACCAAAUGGGGGAAGCGGAGAAAACUGUAUUCUAGUAUAUGAAGCUGGGCAAUGGAUUGAUAUUACCUGUAAUGCCACCCACCAAGUAGUCUGUGAAUUUACAUUUCCAUGAUGAAGCAUUUCUAUACUCCCUAAUAUAUAUAAAUACUAGAGAUGUGCAGUCCAAAAAGUUUUGGUUCAUCCGAAAUUUUCAUAACGAACAUUUGGGGAAAUUUGUUUCCUAGAAAAUUAGUUGGCUGCACUAUUCUGUAUUCAUUUAAUUUAAAACGAAAUGAGUAUUGAGUUUUAGUUAAACAUUUACAUUCAUUUUCGUUAAACUAAUGUAAAUGUUUAAAAAGUACAAGUAAAAAAAUGUACCUGUACAUAAAAUAUUUGCCUAACCGUGCGGAAGAGCACGCUAACCUGCUCCUCUUCACUCUAGAGCGGUGCCGCACUAACUGGAGGCUAAGCACACAUGUUAGUGCAUGCCCUGGGAGCAGAGCGUGCUAAGCCUCCGGUUAGCAUGGGCCAUGCUCUGGAGUGAAGAACAGUGGGUCAGCACGCUCUCCAGUGUGUGUAGGUAAACAUUUUAGAUUUUUUUUAAGAAAACAAAGGAAUAUUGCCAAAUUCAGAAAUAUUAAUUCACUUUCAUCAUUAUCCUUUGUAUUCUUUCGUUCUGAAAUGAAUGCACAAGUCCAAUAUCAAUAUAUAUAUAAUUGUCAUCUUUAUUUUAUUUUAUGUUAUCAGCCCCUAAUGUCAUAUCCCUGUAUAAGAUGCAACUUUUUAAAUAAAAAUGAUUAAAAAAAAUAAUAUUAUACAUUUUACAGAGCUCUGUAAUGUAACAGAAAGGGGAAAAGUGGAAGCUGAAAGUAUAUUCAAAAUUGUCAGUAAACUUUUCUCAGAUAUAUUCCUGCCUCUAAAGUAUCCAGUAUUCCGUUCAUAUUCAUUUUUCACCUUGAAUGUAAAAAAUGUUAAUUCAAAAAUA